AUGCCGCGAUCAUCAGGAAGAUCAGGUGCGGGUGAACACCGCCGAGACCGUCUUAGGCACGCUGAUAACGAUCACGAGCAAUAUGUCGCUGCAGACCAACGCUUGCACUCUUUUGCUCAUACACGUAUUGUCGAAGCAGAAAUCCGACACCUAAGCCACGAUCUCGCCCUCGCAUUUUCCCAGAUAGAGGUGCUCGAAGGAGAGCUCGGCUUGGCCGAUCAAGAGAUCAGGUUGUUGAGAGAGGAGAACGCGAUGUUGGGAGAGAAUAACACGACGCUGAAGGACUGCCUAGACGGUCGAGACGAUGCCGAGCGCGAGGUGAUAACGGAAAUGGAAAGCCGUCUUGAACAUCUACAUGAGGAUUUACAGGGCCUAGAUGCCAUUCUGCAAGCAGUCUUGGACGCUGUGGGCGUGACUGACGGCAACGAAUCGUCUAGGGUCUACUUUGAGGGGGACUGGGAAGACAUGGCGAGGUUGUGGCAGGAAGGUCACAAUGAAGGGUAUACAAAUCAUGCAAGGAGCGAUCGGGCACCUGUUGGUCGGCCACGAGUGGAUACCAAGCUUCCGCAUGAGUCGAUGACUGAGACGAACGCUUCUGGUCCGUCACGCCACUUCGAGCGCAGCAAUGCGCCUAGCCCAGAAGGAAGACGUUCACAGCAAGCUUGUCCAGAUACGUUGCGACAGAUCGAAACGGAAAUGGCUAUCCUCCGACUCCAGGAUCGUAUGGAAAGAAACGAGGCUGGAAUGAGAGCCUUGACAAGCCGAUGCGAUGCGCAAGAUCAAUGGCACGACUUGCUAGUUGAAAUGUUGCAUGAACAGGAGAUGAUCUUUGGAGACAUACUCAGUACUAUCUACGAGACGCAAGAGGAGUAUGACGAUGACGACGACGACGACGACGAGCCAUAUUGUACGUGCGGUGAGCGUGGAUAUGAAAUUGAUAGUGGAGACAUGAAUGCAACAUUAAGAGGCGGAAUGGGUGGGAGAGACGAGGACGAAGAAUUCGUGUAUGAUUAUGGUGGGUACACGAAUUGGGAUCAAAUGGACGCUUCGUCGCAACAGGAGGGUAUGAAUGGAAACCAGAGUAGUGGUCGCGAUAAAGAGAUCAUCCGGGAAUUGCGACAGCAGGUUAAGCUCUUGAAAGAGCAGGUGCAUGCGCUUAUGGAGACGGCGCACCGCGACAUUGUUUCUCGAUCGAAAGACCGCCAAGAGGAGGAAGAGGAUGAACCGAGUCUGCGUGGUGGAAGUGGAGAAGAGGAGGUUGAUCACGAUGGCAGUCGCGAGCAUAUCGAUACCAGCAGUGUCCCUACUCUCAUCCUAGCCUCACCACACUUACUCUGCCAGCGAGCCGCAACUCGGGUCGGCGAUUCCACCGUCCACUACAUUCUCGUAUAUCUACCUCCAGGUCUCGUCAUUCCCGGAACCAAAAAGCCCGAGCUUGUUUUCCACAGCGCCGCGACAAUCUACUAUUUCCCAACAGGAGCAACAGAAGAUUUCGUGAAACGAGAAGCCUGGAAGCAAAAGGCUUGUGGAAACGGACACUGGCAAGAAGUUGCGAUCCACAAGAUACAAUCAAAGCAGGUGUUCAAACACGCGAUCGCAAGCUGGUGGGAGACCAUGGGAUUAAGCUGGGAUAUCCUAACGGGUGGGGACUGGAACUUUGACGGAGAUGAAGGUGAGAUGUAUAUGGUCAACGACAACAACCUCUUUCUCACAAAUCGCACAAGAGAAGUAGCCGGCGCACAAAUUCGCGGCGGAAGUGGUUACGAAACCGACCCGUCAUUCCAGAACGAGAGCGCAGCGAACGAUCCUAGCAGCAUGUUUGAGCCGCUCAUGCAAGAGGCCGCGACAUUAUGUGUGGGCCCUCCAGCCUCUCAACGUGGGGACUUUUGGAUGACUCUGGCCAAUGUACUACAAACACGCAACUGCUUUCUCGAACGAGAACUCGAGAACUUCAAAGAACUAAAUCACAGUCUCAUGCAGGACCUACGUUGGCAGAUGGAUGUACAGGUGGAGAUGGAAGAGCGGGUUGAGGCCGUACUGGUAGAAAAGAACGCGAUCGCUGAAGACCUGGAGGUUCUCAAGACCCGCUUGAUGGUUUUAAUCGAGAGUACUACAUCUCGUACGGUAUGCACGGACGAUAAAGAAGACGUGGUUUUGACUGACGAAAUCCGUAUGGAAUCGUCAAGCCUAGGAACGAUGCGAGGUGGUAACGAAGACCCAUCAUCACCAGCGACAUCUACGAAGGAAACGACUCCACGAGCAUUCCUCUCCGACCCUUCCCGUACGUGUGCCAUUAUCGCAGCGAAAUCUUUCGACUUCUAUCCGAGACAAUCCACCAUAGUCUUUGCUGGUGCCUCUCCGCACCUAUACCAGUUUCCUCACAGGUCGACACUGCCUGAAAUCUGUCGCAUCCUUGAAAUCGAUGACGGGGAACAAUCGCUCGCCGACGAUCCAUAUAUCGCGCGCGUCUUAGAGAUCAUGAAGAUCCGUGAAGAGAUGGGUAUAGAGUUGCCCGAGAACGUCAGCGAUGAGCGUGUCACUAUCAGCAUAUGCGAUGUUCCGAGUGAUUGUCACUUGGAUCGCGAAACAGAGAUAGCUACAUGGGAGGUGCAUGAGGAAGAUAUGGACGUUCUCGGGAAGCUACUAACGAAGCUUGAUAUCGAUCUAAAAACAUCCAAGUCGUCUACCAGUACCUCGGUCAGAACCGCAUCGAGCGAAGAAGAGCAAGACUACUACCAAGAUGUUGGCGAUUUGGUUAAUUCGCUCAACGACGCAGUCAAAGACGAGCUUAGAACCAGCUCGCCGAAGUUCUGUAUGUUUCAGGUACAUCCUGUAAUUGACAGUGAGAGCUUCUCUGAGAUGAAAGAGGUAAAACAACCAUGUUUGUUAUCCGUUCGUGGCGGUGGUAGUCAUUCUGAGUACUGGAACCAUGAUGCACACGGCAACCGAGAGUUCCCGCUACAAAAUCCCAAGUUGCCUGCUGCACCAGGUGUCCCACCUAUCACUCCGAAAUCCUAUGGUACGCUGGCACCAAAUACUCCUAGCUUAAGUUCAAACGAGGCGAUCAUUACGGCAAAAAGUCCUUUGAGCAUAAGACUGGGCCGUCUUAUGUUCCCUGUCAAGUUCGUUCAACGGCACGAGGAUAGCAUCAGCCGCUUUGAAUGGCAACAUACAAAGCGACUGAAUCCUCAGUUCAGAGACAAGCGCUCCAGAAGUUACAAGUAUACAAGAGGUGCUCAAUGCGAAGUCUGGGCUAUGCAGCUGGACGAACACCGAGAGCACUGCGACUAUUGUCAAGCAAUGUUCAUUGAGGAAGACUACGCUAGAAGCAAUGCUACAUCUACGUAUAAAGACGACGCUUCGAAGCCGCCAAUAGAAGCUAGGAGAUCUUCGGAGAACACCAUCUGGCCUGGAAUCAGUAAUGAAACAACCCUCCGCACUGAUGACCACCCAGACUCCGGCUUGAGGGGCGGUGCCGGUCAUGAAAGAGAUCUGGAACAUGAAGGCGAGGAAAACGAAGACUGGCGAUACGAGUGGGACAAUCUAGCUAGCCAAACUCAAUCCUCGGGUUAUCAGCCUCGCACGUUUCGCAACUCCAGCACACUUUCCACAAAGACAAAGACUUCACCUCCUUCGCCCGUUGACCGCAACUUCCGAAAGGAUCGCUGGCCUCAGUCAUGGGAUGUUUGUACCGCCGAAGAGUUCCUAAGGACGGAACAUAGGAAGGUAGAUCGCCGCGAAGUUCAUGCAGGUGAGUUCUCUAAACCACCACACAAUACCCGGCAUAAGAGCCCUGACAGCCUGACGCCAUCAAAGACUAGUAAUCCUUUCCUACUGGAAAUGCGAAGGUCGAGACAUGAACCAAUCCCUGAGAGGCCACUUACGAACUGCGAUUCACUGUCAAUCAAAGAUAGCGACAGUGUAUUGGAACUCAAGGCUGAAGCUUGGCUGGACAACCCUAGGCCAGCACCCCCAAUCCCCUUCCAGCGAAGCUCUGCAGCGCUGCGGCACGACACCGCAGACUCACAUCAUGCUGUUUCUAUUGGUACAGGCGCAUCUACAUCUGGACCGCAGACCAAUUCGGUACCCAAAGAGCCGUCAUUCAGAAGUGAUCGCCAUGAGUUCUUCCCAGCCGGCGAACAUUACACCAUAUCAGAGAAUGAAUCCAGUAUGACGACGCGAACAAGGCGCAGAGACGUGCCUUUGUCUGAAAUCUUGAGUGAUGAAGCCUAUGAGGAUCACGUCAGGUCAGGACCCGUUGAGACGCCCCACCCCCGAGUACCGAAACCAAAACUGGGCGAGAGACUGUGUAAGAAGUGUGCAGAGCUCUUGACUUUGCUCGCUAAGUAUAUUGCAAAGUUGAGUCAGCGACUGACGGCCAGGACGUCAAAGACACCAAUGAACACACCUAAAGUUCCUCGUGACAAGACUUUAGGUUCGAGCGCGAAGCCCAAAAGGAAGCCAAAGAAGGGUAUUUCAAAACUAGCCUUUCAAACGCCAGCAGCGCCAGCGCCGUCAAGAACGGGCUGGGAAGCCUGGUACAUGAACCGCCGGCUUCCUUACCUACCAUUCGACAAAUCACUUCCGGACACACCUCACGCAUGGACUUCAACUCUUAUCAAGGCCUUUGAACCCAAGGGGAAGUUUCCUGCAAUACCUCGAGCCUCUUUUUCACGCAUCGACUGCGCGCGCAUCAUCGCCCAGGCACAGGACAGUGCACACGCAAACUUUGUGAGCCAAGGAGCGGACCAAUGGCAUGUGCCAACCGUUGCCGGGCCAUCAGAUCUAGUGAAGGAAGCGCUCAUGUGGUUGGACUAUGAAGAUAAGUCGGGGAAGAUAGGAAAGACAGUUUUUGAUGGAAACAUGGCAGACGAGACUGAGUACGAUUAUUCCCGUAACGCCAAGCUGGCGGUAGUGUAG